UGGCAGCCUGACAGCCGGUCCCGAUGGGUGGCAAGAAAGUUUGCAUCGUGGGCUCCGGCAACUGGGGCUCGGCUAUUGCCAAGAUAGUGGGCAGCAAUGCAGCCCAGCUGGACAAAUUCGACAGCACAGUCAACAUGUGGGUGUUUGAAGAGGAAAUUGGAAGCAAGAAGCUCACGGAGAUCAUCAAUACGCAGCACGAGAAUGUCAAGUAUUUGCCGGGGCACAAGCUACCACCCAAUGUGGUGGCAGUGCCAGAUGUGCUGAAGGCUUCGGCUGAUGCUGACAUCCUUCUCUUCAUAGUACCACAUCAAUUCAUUGGGAAGCUCUGUGAGCAGCUGAAGGGCCAUGUCAAGAAAGAAGCAGUAGGGGUUUCACUCAUCAAGGGUGUCGAUGAAGGCCCAGAUGGGCUGAAGCUGAUAUCAGACAUUAUCCAUGAACAGCUGGGCAUUGAGAUGAGUGUUCUAAUGGGAGCCAAUAUUGCCAAUGAGGUGGCAGAAGAGAAAUUCUGUGAGACCACAAUUGGCUGCAGGAAUGUAGAGCGUGGACAGAUCCUCAAAGACUUGCUGCAAACACCCAAUUUCCGAGUCACAGUGGUGCAGGAGGCAGAUACUGUAGAGAUCUGUGGGGCCCUCAAGAAUGUGGUGGCUGUUGGUGCUGGUUUCUGUGAUGGGCUGGGCUUUGGUGAUAAUACCAAGGCAGCUGUGAUCCGACUGGGCUUGAUGGAGAUGAUUGCUUUUGCCAAACUCUUCUGCAAGGGCCCUGUUACUUCUGCCACCUUCCUGGAGAGCUGUGGGAUUGCUGACCUCAUCACGACUUGCUAUGGGGGCCGGAAUCGCAAAGUAGCGGAGGCUUUUGCCAAGACUGGCAAGUCUAUUGAGCAGCUGGAGAAGGAGAUGCUCAAUGGGCAGAAGCUGCAGGGCCCUCAGACGUCAGCAGAGCUUCAACACAUCUUCAAGCACAAGAAUCUGGUGGACAAGUUCCCACUCUUCACUGCUGUUUAUCAGAUUUGCUACGAAGGCAAACCCGUCUCUGAUUUCAUCAAGUGCCUGCAAAACCACCCUGAACAUCUGUGAUUGGCCUCUAGACUUGUCCCAACAAGGAAGAGGUGGGAUUUUUGCCACUGCCAUCCUCCAAAGAAGACAAG